GCAUGUAUUUUACGCCUUUACAAGCAUUUCUUGCAACUCCAGUCACUUCUGUUGAACAGUUCCAUCUUCUGUGCAAUCCAAUUGUAGCAGUGAAAUACAUCAAUUUCUGGCAUGCACAUCUGUGACAGUGAUUGCCCUUAAUCUAUUUCUGCACCUGUCCCAAGCACUAUGAGUAUUACUUGGUAAAUUCUGCAAGAUAUGAAUGUGAAGUUUGGUAGCUCAUUUUGAUACUUUACAAUUGCAAGUUUGCAACUCAAGUUCAGUCUUUGAGAGCGAUAAUGGCAGAAUCAGCACAUAUUCGUAGUCUUCUGGUUUUCAUGGUUUUCUAUCUGGUUCAUUACUCAGACCAAUCGCAGCCUUCUCAAUAUCAAGCCCUCUUGAGAAUCAAGCACCAGCUGAACUUUCCUGCAGAGAUAAGCAGCUGGACUGAAAAUACAGACUUCUGCAACGGUGAACCUAACUCCUUUUUAACUCUUGUUUGCUAUGAAGAUAGCAUAACUCAGUUGCAUGUUGAAGGAAAUAGUUUCUUCCCUCAACUGUCUCAGGAUUUCUCAACGGUUGACCUCUUCUUCAACUUGCUUAGUCUGCCAAACUUGAAAGUUCUCUCCUUGGUAUCCUUAGGCUUGAGGGGAGAAUUGCCUUCAACUAUUGGAAAUUUGAGUUCUUUAGAAAUAGUGAAUAUUAGUUCAAAUUACUUUGAAGGAAGCAUUCCUACAGAGAUUUUUAAGUUGAAGAACCUCCAAAGUCUUGUAAUGGAUCACAACAAGUUCACAGGUCAGGUUCCGGAUUGUCUUGGUAGGCUACCACUUUUAGCUGUUCUGAGUUUGAAGAAUAACUCACUCCGUGGUUCAGUACCAACUUCUGUAUCAAGUUUAGAAACUCUCAGGACUCUAGUGCUUUCUACUAAUAUGUUAUCUGGGGAAGUGCCUAGCCUUCAGAAUUUAGCAAACCUUCAAGUUCUUGAUCUGGAAGGUAACAAACUUGGACCUCAUUUCCCAAGGCUGCCCACCAAAUUGGUUUCUUUGGUGCUUAGAAAGAACAAUUUUAUUUAUGCAAAAUUAAAUGAAUUGAGCUCUUUUUUUCAACUACAGAAUCUGGACAUUUCUUUAAAUCAAUUUGUUGGCCCUUUUGCACCAUCUCUGCUCUCCUUACCUUCUCUAACUUACUUGGAUAUUGCUGGGAACAAAUUCACUGGAAGGCUUUUAGAGGGCACGUCUUGUAAUGCAGAACUUCAUUUUGUUAAUAUUUCAUCAAAUCGUUUGACGGGGGUUUUGCCAACUUGUUUAGAAUCAAAUGCUAAGAGUAGGACUGUCCUGUAUGCUAGGAACUGUCUGUCAGAGAGUUAUCAAAAUCAGCAUCCUUACUCUUUCUGUCAUAACGAAGCUCUGGCUGUUAGUGUCUUACCUCAUAAGCAGGAAAAGGAAACGCAUAGUAAAGCAGUUCUUGCGUCAAGUAUGGUAGGAGGGAUCAUUGGAGCAAUCUUACUUCUUGGUCUAGCUUUGCUGAUUAUCAGAAGGGAAUAUGGAAAACAGAAAAUAAAUAAAGUACCUCACGCAAGACUAAUAAUGGAAAAAGUUUCACCAGCUAUCACACUGAAGGUUCUCAAGGAUGCAAGUUAUAUAUCUGAAACAAGGAAGUUGGGACCACUUGGACUUCCCCCUUAUAGAACCUUUGUUCUGGAUGAGCUUAAGGAGGCUACUAAUAACUUCAGUGCAUUAAAUCUUAUUGGUGAUGGUUCUCAUGGACAGGUUUACAAAGGAUUGCUCACAGACGGUACUCUUGUUGCUAUCAGAUGCUUGAAAAUGAGAAAGAGACACAGCAUCCAGACCUACACUCACCAUCUUGAGCUAAUUUCAAAACUUAGACACAGCCAUUUAGUUAGUGCUCUCGGCCACUGCUUUGAUUGCUACCCAGAUGAUUCAAGCGUCAACAAGAUACUUGUUGUAUUUGAACAUGUGCCCCAUGGAACACUUAGAGGUUUUGUAUCAGCAUUUUCUGCAGAUGGCCAUCUGCAACAAAAAUUGACUUGGACACAGAGAAUGGCAGCUGCAACUGGGGUUGCUAAGGGAAUCCAAUUUCUUCACACAGGCAUGGUGCCUGGUAUAUUUUCAAAUCAGUUGAAGAUAACAGAUACUUUGAUGGAUCAUGAUUUCCAUGUGAAGAUUAGUAAAUACAAUCUGCCUUUGUUAGCUGAAAAUGGGAGACCGGAAUGUGUUACUAUUUCUUCCAUUGGAUCAAAGGAAAAAGUUGGCCACAGGUUAAGGUAUGAGGAGAAAGACGAUGUAUUUGACUUUGGUGUAAUUUUACUGGAAAUCAUCGUGGGAAGGGCAAUUGUAUCUCAAAAUGAUAUAAAUGUGUCCAAUGAUAUUUUACUAGUGAGUUUAACAGCAGAUGACAUUGCUCGGAGGAGUAUUGUUGAUCCCAUUAUCAGCAAGGAAUGCUCAGAUGCAUCAUUGAAGAUUCUCAUUCAGCUUUGUCUAAAGUGUCUGUCAAAUGUGCCAUCUGACCGGCCUUCUGUAGAGGAUGUGCUCUGGAACUUGCAAUUUGCAGCUCAAGUUCAGGAUUCAUGGCAUCGUGACUCCAGCAGCAACCAUGGAUCACCAAUUCACUUUUGUUGAAAGAAGGCUAUCAGAGUAAAAUCUGUCAGAAAAGCACGAUCUUAUGUACAGUUGUAACAUAGUACUGCUUCACAACUCGGACAGCUUAUCAAGAACAGCUCUCUGAUGCUCACUUUUUUUUUUUUUUUGUGCACGACAACAUGAAUGAAUGGUUUACUUUGUAGUGCCCUGUUACCUUGAGAGAAUCCCUGCAUAAGAGAAGGCUCCACAGGCCGUGACAACUACAGUAUUUAUAAUGGAUUUACCUACUAAUUUUUUUUCUGA